UAAAAAUCAGAAAUGGCAGAAUUGGAAGGUUCCUUCUUCCUUGACAUUCUUCUCCCCAAACGCAUCAAGACAUCCUUCACUUCUUCUUCUUCUUCGUCCUCCUCUGUUAUUUCCAGAAAAGACUAAACUACCCUUGCUCUGCUUUUCUCCUACUACGACGACUCCACUGCUUCUUGGGUGAAAUUGGGUUCUGGGUUUCGUAGGGCGGCUCAGUUCCGAAAAUGGGUCUGAAGAAUUUGGGGCAUUCGUUAUUGGGUGGCCUUGGAUUUCGAGCUCUGGAGAUGGGUUUGUUCUGAAAUUCUUUCUCGUGUUCUUUGAGAAUUGUUUAGUUUCUUGUGUUCAGAGUUUCAGAUGGUUUUGCGGGAAAUUGAGCUUUUGAUUCAUUAUUGGUUGCUUGAGUUUGUUUGCUCUGAUCAGCAUUCCGGGUUCUUUAAUUUUAGCUGAUCGAAAACCUGUACUGGGUUUUCUUUGUGUUUUAGAUUCAAUUUGUUAUUGUUAUUGCUCAUAUUGGAACACAUUGCGGGUUAGGAAUGAUGUAUCAGAGGUUCAGAAGGAUCAGUAGAACAGGGCAAGAGUGUUAGUACUUAGUUUUUUUUGGGUGGAAUUGUGGAUUUUUCGAGUUGGGUUUAGCAAUUGGAGUGGUUGUGUGGUGUUGGUGUUGAUUGUGUUGUGUGUCACUAUGUCGGGUGGCACACCAACUGGUGGAUACAUAAGGCAGAGGCAUAGCCAGGGCUAUGCGUCGAGUGGGGAUGAUCUCGAGGAUGAUGCAUGCUCAGUGUUGCAUAGCUCGUCAGGUUUGAGUCCGAGAGCCUGGUCAAAGAGGGAGAUUGUGGAGAAUGUGAUGUGGCUUGUCUCGGCAGCAGGCAUUGUAUACUUGGGUGAUUCCAAGUCCAACUUGAUAUUUCUCUUGUGGCAUGAUGACCGAGUAAGAAGAUUGCCCCUGUACAUUGGGAUGGUCGGCGUGGUUUUGAAUAUUAUCAUCUUCUGUUACACAAGUAUGUCAGCAUGGAGUGUGGGGCGUUUUGAUGAGAAAUGGGAAAUAGCGAGUAUAUCUGCUCUGCCAUUUGUGACACUACUUGGUGCCAUUUCCUUUUGCCUGUUCUCCUGUGCACUGUGGCCAAUAUGGGGGUUCUUGACGCUUCCCCUCCUGUUCACGCUGUUUAUGGCAGGGAUGGUUAUAUUUCCGUACAUUAUAAUUGGGACUUUUAGGAAACAACAAGAUGCGCUGCGUACAGAUAAUGCCUCCUCAGAUUUUAGUGAUAAACUUUACUGACCUAGAUCAAGAGCUGCUAACUCAACCAUGGACAGACUGUCACAUCUGUAGUGAAGCAAUUAUUGUCUUCCAAUUAGUCAGGUUUUGAUUUUACAUACACAUUCUUUUGAUGAUACACUCGAUAGUACCACAGAGUUCUUUACAAACCUGGAGCGGACUGGUUGGGAUGUAGUUUUGGAAGUUGAUGCUAGUGAGCAUCAUCAGUUGUGUAAAAGUGUUUGAAUUUCAUGGAUAGAAAUGAUGCCUUUGUUUCUGGUACGAGUCCAUCUUUCACUACAGUGGAGAUCCUGGCAUUGAUUUGGCAUUAUAAGAUUCAGUUGUUUACGUCUCUCUUGCAUGUUUCCUUAUGCCUAUAUGAAUUAUUCUUUCAUUGAGGUUUGCA